AUGCAAAACUUGAGUCUUGUUACAGAUUCCAAAGAAGCACUCCAAACAGCUCUGAGGGGAGAGAUGUGCAAGGGAGGUACAUUGUUGACCCAGUUGGUUGUGUCCGAUGAGAUGCGCGGAAAUGUGGGUGCAGAUUUAAGUUCGAGUCGGAGUGUAGAUGCAAGUGCAGAUACAAGGGCAGACACAAAGGCAGACGUAAGGGCAGACACAAAGGCAGACACAAGUGCAGACGCAAGGGCAGAGAUAGGUACCCAUCAGAAUGACCAAGCCAAUGAGUCUUCCCAGUUAGAACCGAAUGAUCAAUCGGAAUUCGUUCCAAGCGUUGAUGGGGAAGAUGGUUUUCCUCUCUUAGACACCCCCAAGUCGGAAUCAAAAACAGAGAAAUUGAAUACGAAAGAAACAAGCGAAAAUAACGAUUCCCCUGAAUGUAUACAACAAGGAUGUAUAAAAAAGGAGCCAAUAAUUUUGAUAGAUAAGGUAGAAAGAUGUUUAGUAGUUGAAUGGUAUGAAAAUGAAAUAAGAAGGGAGCAAAGAAUAUCAUAUAAAAAGUAUGGAAAUGAUAAAGCGAAAUUAAGAGCAAAAGAAUUAAUCGAUAAAUUAAAAUCAGGAAUAACAUUUGAACAGUUAUAUCCAGAUAAAGGACCACCAAUUGUUCGCGUUUAUGAAGAUGUUGGAAUCUAUAGAGUAUCAUUAAUAAGAGAUAGAAUAGAAAGGGAAUGGAGGGUUGAAUGGUUUGAUAAUGGAAUUCCUAUGAAGGCUAGAUGGUCCUGUAAAAAAGUAGGAAAUGAUGAAGCACAGAAAAGAGCUGAGACAUUUGCACAGAGUAUGAAUGAAGGCAUUUUUAAUCCUAUACUUUUACACAAGGCUACGGGUACUCGCUUUUCACGAUCUGAUAGAACUGUUGUUAAGAUUAAUGUUUACAUGAAAAAAAAUAUUAAGAGAAAAAGUAAAUGUAAGAUAAUUAAAGGAGGUGAGAAAUGCACUACAUUGAAAGGAAAAGGAAUUAGGAGUGGAUUAAGAAAGUCAAAAUUGAAAAAUACUGAUCAAUUCAUCGAAACUGUAGUUGACAACUGUUCAAAUGUUGUUAAUAGAAGCAAUAAACAUGAUGGAAGCGCUUUUGAUAAUGUUUUUUGUCAUUAUGAUAAUACCAUGGUAGAUGUAAUAUCUGAUCCUAAUUUUUUAGCUAGUCCAUAUGGAAGUAAAGAUGCUAGUACAACUAUAGAUGAAGACAAUUCUAAAUUAUUGAUGAAUGAUAAAAAUUACCUUUCAAAUAAUUAUCCUCAGGAUGGGACUAAGAGGUUGAACAGAACGGUUGAUAAAAAGAAGAAUUACACCCCAAGGGAAAAAGGAACAAAGGGAAAAGAAAGAACUAAAAAGAGCACUAAGAUGGGUUCUAAAUUGAAGGGAAAGAUGAUAAACAGAAUGGUAGAUAAUAACAUGGGUUCUGGAACUAAUGGUCCAAACGAGAUAGAUCUUUUCACGUGUUGUACACUAUUGGACGGCCAGGAUAUUCCUCAUUUCGCAUCUAACAAUAAUCAUCAUCUGGAAGAAUCUAACAUUUGUUAUUCAUCCAUUCGAUACAGUCCGAACGGAGGGAAUAUUCUUUUAAAUUGUAAAAAUGGGAACAUAGAAUCUUCUAAUAUGGAAAAUAGCUAUUUAAAAUCCAAUGAGAAUUAUGAUGGUUAUUGUACGAAUACUCAUAUGAUAAAAGGGGUUGAUCAAUCCACUCAUUAUGAAUAUGCUAUUAAAAAUAAUAACCAAGAAAAAUGUGACAAUUUCAACGUUAGUCAUGAUAAUAUGCAUUAUGGAAAUAUGCAAAACUUUCAUUAUUGCAGAGAACAUAUCCAAAGUGAUCAAAUGGUAUGCACCGAUCUGAGUGUAAGGAAUUGUGCAAAUCCUUCCUUUUUGAGAAUAGAGGAAUAUAAUCCCUUCAGCAACAACCCCUGCUUGAUGAAUAAGAACAGGGAAGGAAUUCCUGACAUUAAUAUUUUUCGAACACAUGAUUUUAUUCACUCAAGUGAAGUAGAAAAGGGACAUGCAGUUAGCGAACUCGUGGGUGACUCCAUAGUUGGAAAUAUCCACAAUGUGCAAAACCAACUGAAAAAUAAAAAAAAUUCCAAGCAUCGUAUAUGUCAUUUGAGGAAAAUAAGUAAAUGUGAAGUGGACGAGAAUAGCACGGGGGGCACGAAUGUAUGUAAGAAGAGCCAAAAAAAUAAGGAGACCAAGUAUGUGCACAAGGGCAAAAAAGAGAAAAAAAAAAAACAUAUCACAGGGGUUGAUAGCGGAGUUGGCAUCGGACAUGGUAGCUGCAAUGGGAUCAGUAAUAAUAGCUGCAAUGGGAUCAGUAAUAAUAGCUGCAGUGGGAUCAGUAAUAAUAGCUGCAAUGGGAUCAGUAAUAAUAGCUGCAAUGGGAUCAGUAAUAAUAGCUGCAAUGGGAUCAGUAAUAAUAGCUGCAAUGGGAUCAGUAAUGAAGUCGAAAGGGGCAACGACGGUGAGCACCAUACAGACGAGUUACAUAACAAGAUGGAGAGAAAAAAAAGAAAGAGAAGUACAAACAGAAUUUUUAAAAGUGAUGAUUUCCUAGUUGACGAUGAGUUGUGUAAUUAUUUUUCUUCGUAUCAUAAGACGCAACAUAGGAAAAGCAAAAGGACUAUGAAGAGUGAGAUGAAUGGUGUUACAAACAACACUGUAGAUGAUUCUGUUGGAUCCUAUGUGGAUAGUCAAUAUAAUUAUGUUCCUCGUGUUGCAUGUGUGCAGAAGAGUGAUUUCAUGCCUAGGGGUUGUGAUGAUAAAAAUUCAGGAGAAAUCGCAGAAAGUGAAUUUGUGCUACAGUCCGGGAGGCAGUUGGGGCCUAUCAAUGCAGAAAUGGAUGUGAGUUCAGACGCGAACAUUAAGGUGAAUGGAAAUGUGUGUGACAGCCUGAAUGGAAAUAUGUGUGACAGCCUGAAUGGAAAUGUGUGUGACAGUCUGAAUGGAAAUGCAUGUGGCAAUCUGAAUGGAAAUGUGUGUGACAGUCUGAAUGGAAAUGUGUGUGACAAUGCGAAUCGAUUCGAAAGUGCACAGAACUCGUUAAAUGCCUUAGGGAAAUACCACGUAAGGGAAGAAACACUUAAAAAGGUACAGAGACGUAUGAAAGUUUCAAAGUCCAGUCGAGCUAGCCAAAAUGUUGAAAAAGUAGCGGAAUCAAUAAAAGCACAGGAGGACCUAUUUUUUUGCAAUCAAAGGAAUUUGACGAGAUCAUCCCAAAGGAUGUUCGAGUUAUAUGAAGAAAAGAACGAGAAUGCAUGUGGUGGACUCAACUCUUAUGCAACGUGUAGUGGAGGUGAUAUAUUAAUUAACGAUUCUAGUUUCGCACACACGCCCAUUAACAAUAAUAGGUGCAGGAAUGGUGAGACAUAUAAUGAGAAUAAUCAAAAUGGAAAAGGUGAUUCUUGUGUAAAGAACUAUGAUCAUGCAAAUAGCGCUUAUUAUAAAAUGGUGCCUCCUUAUUGCAAUGUGCAAACAGAAGCGUGCAAUAAUAAUAUGACUGAACGAAAAACUCACAUAAUGAAUUUAAGAAAUAGGAAAAACAGAAAGAAAGUAGUGAAUAUUAAUGAUCAUUUGAGUGAUGAUUAUCAUCAGAAAAAAGAUUAUUUAAAUUACAAUUUGAUUAAAAAUAGUGAAAUUGAAUUUGUUGAAAACCCAAGAGGGUAUAGAGUACCAUAUAAAUACCAGUCUAGAAUAUUUUAUGAACAUUUUGAAGUUCCAUUAAAUUCACAAAAGGAAUUUGAAAUACAGCAAAUUUAUUUUGCCUGCUUGUUUUCUUUACAUAUAUUAGCAGUUGGGUGGAAUAUCAACAAGAAUGCCAAAGUAGAGGAUUACAUACAAGAGUUGUCAAAUCCUGAGUUCCGAUCUAUCAUCUCGAACAUUUCCAUGGGUAGUGGUAUACCUACUAUUACUGGAAUUAAUAAUUCUUUAAGAACCCUCGAACACGAAGGAAUGAUUCAUAAUAACAAUGUUAAGCACAAUGUCCAGAAAGUUAGCAAAAUGGAGGAAGAAAAUUGUGUCGAAUUGCAACAUGAAGUAUUUUUAAAAUCCAAUAAUUGUAUGAAUGCAUGUGUUGAUGGAGACUACCACUACAUGAACAAAGAGGUUGAGUAUGAUAAUAGUGCUCAGAUUAAUGAAAAUGAAUCUGUUCCUGUAGAUGAUAUAAAUUGUAUGAGUGAAAAUGUGGAUGGAUUAGUUAGACGAACUGUAUUGGAUAGAGGUGGAAAAUAUGAUGGAGAAUAUAAUUUGUGCGAAAUGAACAAUUUUAAUAGUGCAAAUGGUGUAAAUGGUGUAAGCAAUUUGAGAGGGUUAGAUGAGACCAAGAAUUUAGGAGUUUUAAAUUAUGAGCAAGAGGAGAGGGAAAACACGAAUCUAAUGAAUUACGCAGAAAUUGUAAAUAAUUAUGAACGGGUAUAUCCGUUUAGGGAUCCAAAUGAUGUUCGAAAUUUAAGCGGCACAUAUGGUACACUGAAUACAAACAUGUUGCAGAACAUGAGUAACUAUGUAUGUGUGGGAGAUAUAAAUUAUAUGAAUAAUAUGGGUGGAGAAAUUUUUUUGAACGAUUGUACCCAAAUGAAUGGGACGAACAAUGGCACUGGAGGAAUGAGAGCAGGAUAUCAUGGAAAUCUAGUAAGCAAUGCAAACAGUACCAUGGGAAUAAGUUAUCAUAUGAACAAUUAUGAAUACUAUAAAAAUUUUGAUUCUACAAUUGAACAGGGCAACAUGGUAUAUAUGAAGAGACCAGAUAAGCUAAGCACUAUAUGUGUGAACCCAGAUGAAUGUAUGAAUAAUUUGAACGGAUCGAACAUUGAUGGGAUGAUAUUUACCAACAUGAAUUAUCCUAAUGAAUUGAACCCACUACAUCUAAAUAGCAAAAACAGGAUGAACCCAUACAUAGAUACUAAUUUGAAUGAGGCAUAUGACCAUGUAAGUAAUUAUGUGGAUGUGAGUGAACCCUUUGAUUAUGAGCAAAAGGAUGCGGAAAAAAGAAUCCAAAGCUAUAUGCAAAAUAUGAACCUUCCCAACUUGAACAUUGUGGGCGAACACUCCUUCACGAAUUCGCUAUGUUUGGACGAAGGUUGCAUUGUGCCAAUCCAGGAAGGAGAAGCGGCAGCUGGGGCUGAGAAUGGGGUGGAAAAUGAAGUCAAAAAUGGGGUCAAAAAUGAGGUCAAAAAUGGGGUCCAGAAUGAGGUCCAGAAUGAGGUCCAGAGUGAGGUCCAGAGUGAGGUCCAGAAUGAGGUCCAGAAUGAGGUCCAGAAUGAGGCCCAGAAUGAGGCCCAGAAUGAGGUCCAGAAUGAGGUCCAGAAUGAAACCAAAAAUGAAGAACAAAAUAACCUUAUUUAUGACGACACAAACGGAAAUGUAAGCAACUAUUACAACAGAGUGGAUAAAAAGAUGUACCAUGUUCCCAUGUUGGAUAGUCAAAGGGGAGAAGACUGCUAUGCACAUGUGCAUAGUAACAUAAUCGAUAAUAACAAGACAGAUGCUUUAUCAGUAUGCGAGAAUGUAGAAGGUCCAUACGGAAUGGAAUGUAAUGAGUAUGAAGGAUUACAGCCUACAGGAAAAAAUGGCAUUCACAGUAAGAGACAUGGCCUAAUGAAAGACAAUUUGCACACAUUGGACGUUGGCAUGUGUGUAGGAAACAAUGUGCAUUUGGCAAUUCAUUCAAAUAUGAAAUAUAGACAAGAUGAGGAAUCGGUCUUAAGUCGCGUGCCUACAAAUGAGCAUGAUGUGGUAAACAUUGAGGAAAACAUAUUGCAGCACCCAAGGAUGGGUUUCACAGUCUUACAUUAUGUAGAGGGGGAUGACUUACAUCAGGGAAAUGGACUUAGGAAAGAGAAUUACGUGUAUUAUAAUAACUAUGCUAACGUGUACAAUGAUAUCAGAAUGGUGGGGAAUAAUAUACACAACGUGAAUGAAGAAAUUAGUUACAAUAAUGUUGACAAAAAUGAUGAAAACAGUAACACUAGCCAAGACAGCAGUAUUGAGUAUUACACUUACAACAAUCACCAUUUGAAAUUUAACCAUGUAUUGAAUAAUCUGCAAAAUUAUGGUAACUUAGAAAGGGAAAACAUUUCCUGCAAUAAUGUAGUGGAUAGGCAGCCACAGUCUCAGUUUAAUGACUUGUAUUAUCAGUUCAGUGUGUGCAAUGGGGGGUCUAAUCCGUCCAAUUGUGACGUGGUGAGUGGAAGUAUGAUGAGUAAUGACAUGAUGAACGAUAGAAUGGACUCCGGGUUGAGGAAGAAGCACGUGGAUGACCUGAACAAGAACCAGAGCAAUUAUGACGAGAUGGUAUACAACAACUAUUCUAAGGAAGGGAAUUUAACAUCCACGUCUAUAUCUACAUCCAUGACUAAUGCAAAAGAUAUAAGUAACUAUGCAUAUUACACAAACAGGAAAAUGAUCGAUAAGCUAAGGUCAACUUCUAAUUCUAGUACUAUAAAUACUGAAUACCUCCCCAGUAAUCUCUUAAACUCCAUAAGCAUGAACAAUAUGUGCCCCUCCAACAAUAUUAAUGAGCAGGCGCACAAGUAG